UGCAAUGGUACAACGACGCGUUAAUAUUACUAACCAGAUAGAAACAUCAGCUUCCCCAUAUUCAAGUAUACGCGUUCAAAGAGAAGGUGAAUUGGAAGAUGUUUCUACUUUAAAUGUUCAACAACAAGCACAACCACAAUGCAAUAAUAAGGUAAAUAAAUAG